GCUUUUGACACUCCCCAUUUACCAACGCUGACACGUUGUUAUUGUGGAUCAUUCCCAUCUCAACCUGGAUUCAAAAGGGCCGCUUGGAUUUGACCUCGUGUUUAGUCUUCUACCCUGUUUCGCUGAGUUACUAUCGGUAUAAAACUCAGGAAUUGCAGGCGGGGUCCAAUUUCGGCGUCUUGCCAACAACUAUCACAUCAUAUCAAGUUGUCGCGCAGUCGUCCCUCAUCGCUGCGCCAUACCGUUCAUGACCGUCGAGUAUACUGAGAAUAUGCUGCACGAUGAAGACGAUGCCUCUGACGCGUCCUCUGACGUGACCGAACUCGAAGAAUAUGACUUUCCGGGCCACUUUUUCGAAAGGGACGGAAGGCUCUUCCAUUCUCAUGGUAGCUUGCCUUAUCCAUUGCCUGCCGACGGGCCGGAGCAAGCAAGAUUGAACAGUGUUCAUAGAAUCUUGCGCGAUACCGUCGAAUCCCACUACCUUGGACCAGUAACCGAGGUACUCAGCGACGCUCGCACCAGGCAAAAACGUGUGCUCGAUUUGUGCACCGGGACUGGCCGCUGGCCGAUGGAUAUGGCGAGAUUAUUUCCCCGUGUCAAGAUCUACGGGCUCGAUAUCGUUCCGAUUGCCACUAGGCGCCCCUUGCCACAUGUGCAAUUCGAGAUCCAUGAUAUCACAAAACGUCUCAGAUGGAACAAUGGAGCUAUGGACUUUAUUCAUGCUCGUAAUAUUGGUCUAGCUGUUACGGAUUACCCAGAAUUGCUCCGGGAAGUUGCUCGGUUGCUCCGUCCCGGCGGUCUCUUCUUUUCCGGCGAGAUUGGGCGCUCCAUCGACUUUGCCCAUGGGCCUUCCUUUGACCUGGCUCGCCAGGCACCUCGCGCGCGAAGCUUUUUUCAGGUGGUUAACCGCUCCCUUGAGCUCCGCCACUUGGUCCCCAUUGCCGAUAGAAUCCCCAGCUUCAUUCAGCAAUCCCAUCAGUUCACUGUGCCUACUAUCCAGACGUUCCAUAUCCCCAUCGGUGACUGGCACCUGAACCCGGUCAUGAGGCGUGUCGGCAGGAUGUACUUGGCCGCCCUGAAGGAUUUCGCGGAGAGCUUAAAGCCUAUGCUUCGUGAAGCAAGGAUGACCCAGCACGAGAUUGACACCCUUGUGACUGGAUUUAUUGAGGAUAUAGAGCACGUCCCCGGUCUGGUUGGGGUCUACCACACCGCGUGGGCGAGGAAGUUGUAGAGGAUCUUGGGUGUUUGUUUUUCAAAUGUUGUCUUGUGCUUUUCUAUGACUGUCGCUUUCUCGUGCUUUUUUGUGAAAUGCUGUCUUGUGCUUUCUGGUAACUGCUCUCUUGAUUGCUUUCCUGUUUGUUGUGCUUUGAUUGUCGAACGUACUCAUGUUUUCCUACCUACCUGUUGUCGAUUGCUUUCAUGAAUUGUAAUGCAUUGUGAUGUGUUUGUGGUUCCCAACUACGGC